AUAGUUUAAAAAAAACAACAUGUCACUGUCAAGCGUGAGAUAACAGAUUAAAAAUCCAAAAUGGCGGAGAAUGAGUGGCCGCGCAAUUUCACGGAUGUUCCACAAUUGAAUAAUUCCGACGAGUACGGCGAGUUCGACAUUCGAUUUUUGAAUUUCUCGUCGGACGACUACUGCUCGUCGAACCAUUCGCGCGCUUAUUUGAAUGUGACGUGCGAGUUCCCUAUCAACUAUGCGGAACCUAUGUACGGGUACAUUGCGCCAUUCCUGCUGGCGACCACGAUAGUGGCCAACACUCUCAUCGUGGUGGUGCUCUCCCGCCGCCACAUGCGGACACCAACCAACGUGGUGCUCAUGGCAAUGGCGCUAUGUGACAUGUUCACCAUGCUGUUCCCGGCGCCAUGGCUGUUCUACAUGUAUACGUUCGGGAACCACUACAAGCCGCUGAGUCCGGUCCGUGCGUGUCAGGCUUGGCAUUAUAUGAAUGAGGUUAUCCCGGCGAUGUUCCACACGGCCAGCAUAUGGCUGACACUAGCGCUGGCGGUGCAGAGAUACAUAUACGUGUGCCACGCGCCCGUAGCCAGGACUUGGUGCACGAUGCCUCGAGUGAAGAAAUGCCUCAUCUACAUCGGAGUGGCGGCCUUCCUUCAUCAGCUUCCAAGAUUCUUCGACCAGAACUACGUAUCACGAGUGACCUGGUGGAGGGGCCAUUACGAGAACGUGUGCUCGGUGGAGCUCUCUCCCUGGGUGAAGACGCUAUCCUUGGACGCUUACUUCAUCACAUACUUUGCCUUCCGAGUUCUCUUCGUCCACCUCAUCCCCUGCACUUCCCUGAUCGUCCUCAACGUCCUCCUGUUCCGAGCUAUGAGGACAGCCCAGAUCAACCGACAGAAACUCUUCAAGGAGAACAGAAAAUCUGAAUGCAAACGCCUCAGAGACUCCAACUGUACCACUUUAAUGCUGAUCGUCGUGGUGACAGUUUUUCUGAUGGUAGAAAUACCUGUUGCCGUGGUUACAAUCCUUCACAUUAUAUCCAGCACCGUUGUUGAGAUUCUGGACUACCAUAUCGCGAAUAUUCUGAUCCUCGUCACGAAUUUCUUCAUCAUCGUCUCUUAUCCCAUCAAUUUUGCCAUCUACUGCGGCAUGUCCAGGCAGUUUAGGGAAACUUUCAAGGAGUUGUUUAUAAGAGGAGCGGUCACGACUAGAAAUGGUGGUUCCAGUAGAUAUUCCUUGGUCAAUGGUCCUAGAACGUGUACCAACGAAACUGUACUUUAAGGACAUAUCAGUAACGGAUGGGGUAAGAUGGGGUUGUCAAGGUCUGAUUGUAGACUCUAGCACACGCAAAAUAAAGUCCACUUUUCAACGAAACUUACGCACAAAACUAACCACGUUCUGAGUGAAAGUAGACUUUUGCUCCGGAUUCCAUCAAAUCAAAAUAGUAUCCUGACAAGUCAAACGAUUUUUGAAGUUUUUGACUUUGACAUUUCAUGGGAAUAUCAUUUUGUAGUUUAGAGUUUUAAAAUAUAAGCCAGUAUAUUGGUCGGUUCUCGUGACGUCUUAAAUCCGACGCCAUAUUGUAUUAGUGUGUCUCUGGUAAGACAAGUUUGACGUAAUAUAAUGAACUCCCAACAAAUUCAUAUGCGCCAAAGCACUGACGUAUAUUUCGGAACGAAUCAACAGUUUGGUGUUUGUAGACGUCAUAGGCGCUGGCAAGUACUGGCUUAAAUUUCAGGACACACCUAUAAUACAUCGAAACCUUAUUGAAACUGUAUUAUUGUUGGAUUAAAACAACAUAUUCAUGCAAAAGACAAGCAAAAAUGUUUGCUGUCUUAAAUAUUUUGAAAUCCCACCUUA